GGCACUUCCAAACGCUCCCCUUGGAGAUCUUCCAGAUGGUGCUCAACUAUCUCUCAGUGAAGGACAUCAGCCUGCUGAGCAUGGCGUCCAAAACCAUCAGCGGCCGCCUGAUCAAUUACAUCUCCAGCUCAUCCGCGAGCCGCCGGCUGCUGCUGCAGGACUUCCACCAGGAGCUCCCUGCCAGGAGAGAGGGAGCCUCCAUCCUGGAGCACUACAGAGCUCUAGGGCUGCUGCUCAAGAGGUGCACCCUGCUGCUGCCCACCAGGGACAGGCUCAAGUACGUGCACAAGGUGCUCUCAGGGGUUUCCUGUUUCAAGCUGAACGGUUGUGCCAGUCCCCUGCACUGCCUGGGGCUGCAGUGCUAUGGGGUUUUCUUACAGAUCCUGACCGCGGGCUGGGAUGAGCUCGAGUGCCACCGGGUGUUCAACUUCCUCUGGGAGCUCAGCAAUUUAGCCCGGAAGGUGCAGACGGUUGUCAGCAGCAAACCAGGCAGCGCCCGGAGGCUGGAGCUGCGGAUCCGCCUGUUCUGCCGGGGGGUGCUGCUGUCGCCCGGGAGCCGCCGCAGCGACUCCGCCUUCUGGCUCACCCGCAUCCUCAAGCCCUGGCCCAUGGUGAACCAGGCUCGCCUGCUCUACAUCAUCUUCGGGCCCGUGUCCUCCCGCGAUGGACACGUGGUCUGGCAGAAAAUGAUAGAAGGACCAACAGAUGAGACCAGUCUGAAGGGUUUAGCUGAUGCCAUUAAGCUGCUGUAUGGUACAGAAGCUAGAGAAUGGACAGCAGAUGAUGUUAUCAGUCUUGUGGAUGAGCUGUCAGAGGAGGUGACUGAAAUCCUCUCUCCCCCCCGUUCUGAAGUGGUUCCCCAGGAGUGGCUGAUGGAGAACAACGCUCGGCUGCUGCUCCUGAGUGGGAACAGCAUCUGCUUCACCUUCAUGGCCAGCAAAGCUGUCAAUGGCAGAGCUGUGGAGCUGGCCAGGCUCAUGGUCUUCAUGGUCCUGGUGUGUGAGAAGGACCUGUACUGCAUGGACUGGGCAGUGAAGAUGAUGCACAAGGUCUGCAAGGUUUUCAGCACUCCCUGGGAGAGAAACAACUUCCUGCAGUGCCUGGAGAACUCCUUUGCCCGCAUGCUCAUGGACAUGCUGCAGGCAGUGCUGGCUGGGGAGAGGGAUGAGGAGGACAGCAGCUUCCUGAACCUGUUCCACCUGAUGAAUGCACAGGCCAACUUCCACAAGGAAAUCCUCUACCUGGCCAUGGGCAGCACCAGCAGCACCUCCUGAGUUCCACGGAGCCCUCCCCUGUCCCUGCUGGAUUCCUCUUUCUUCUCCUUUGAACUUUUGCAAACGAGUCUCGGAAA